AGUGUACAGAGGAAUGACAAAGUUAGGGGCAGGAGAGAAAAGGAGGAGAAGAGAGAGAGAACAUGUUUCCUCUGCACGGGUAAAUUAUUGAUGUGGAUGAGCGUUCCUGAGUGUCAGACACACAGGAGCCCCUGCUGGGGCUGAGGAUUCCAGCGAGAACACUCCAGAGCAGCCCAUGAAGAGAGAGUGAAAGAGAGAGAGAGGGGAGAAGAAGAAGAAGAAAGCAAAGAGAGACGAGGAGGAGAAGGGCAAGGAGACCGAAAUCAGGAUGAGAGCUCUGCAGAAGACCCAGGGGCGCACGGACCAGGCGCUGGGCGCGAUGGCGGACAUGCUGACCUCCGUGACCCUGCCCCGGCAGCAGCAGCAGCAGUGGGUUUCAGAGGCCAGGAAAGAGCGCCUCCUGGUGGCCGAAGAGGCCCAGAAUGCCGAGCAGGGGGACUGGGGUCCCGGGGCAGUGGGCUGGGAGCGGGGAUCCUCAGACAGUCUGGAGAGCAGUGACAGACCCGGGGAAGAAUCCUACUCUGUGGGGGGCAGCGAGGGCAGCAUCUCCACCUCUGUGGCGUCGCUGCCCCCUCAGGCCUCGGGAAGCUCCGCCCCCAGCUCUCCCGGCUCCCGCCGCUCCGUCAGCACUCUCAAGAAGUGGCUGACCAAUCCCGUGCGCAAGCUGAGCUCCGCGGGCGUAGCCGGGGGCGGAGCCAAGGCGGAGCGUCAGGCGCGCAGGCCGGAGGGCAAGCCUCCCACUCCCCGGCAGAGCCAGGACCUGGGCCCCUCUGGGGGGCCUGAGGAGGCCUUCACCAUCCUGCCUACUGCUGACAAAGAGCCGGAGUGGAGGGACGGUCCAGUAAGGACUGAAGGGGAGGAGCACACUCUGACUCACAGCUACCUGUCAGAGCUACUGCAGGGAGACGGCACACUCACACACACACAGGAUAAUCAUUCCACCAAUCCUCAGGCAGAUGACGAUGGCUCCACCUUUAUGGAUGACACGUCCAGCCAAUCGUCGGCCACGAUAGACAGCGAGGAAGAGAGGAGGAGUGCCUUGGAGAAGAGCAUGUAUGUACUGAAUGAACUCAUAGAGACAGAGAAGUUGUAUGUGGAAGAUCUCGCCCUCAUUGUGGAAGGCUACAUGACCACUAUGAACACCAAGGGAGUUCCUGAGGAUAUGAAGGGAAAGGACAAGAUUGUGUUUGGGAAUAUUCACCAGAUUUACGACUGGCACAAAGAUUAUUUCCUGGAAGAGCUGAAGAAGAGUGUCUCUGAGCCAGAGAGGCUGGCACAGCUCUUCAUCAAACACGAGCGACGGCUCCACAUGUAUGUGGUUUACUGUCAGAACAAACCCAAGUCUGAGCACAUUGUGUCCGAGUACAUAGAGACCUACUUUGAAGAACUGAAACAGCAGCUGGGACAUCGCCUGCAGCUGAACGACCUGCUCAUCAAACCUGUACAACGAAUCAUGAAAUACCAGCUCCUGCUGAAGGACUUCCUGAAUUACUACACCAAGGCUGGGAUGGACACAGCUGAGCUGGAGAAAGCGGUGGAGGUGAUGUGCUUCGUGCCUAAGCGCUGUAACGAUAUGAUGAACGUUGGGCGCCUGCAGGGAUUUGAGGGGAAGAUCACGGCUCAGGGGAAGCUGCUGCUGCAGGAUACCUUCACGGUGACAGAGCAGGAGCACAGCUUCCUGUCCCGAGCCAAGGAGAGGCGGGUCUUCCUUUUCGAGCAGAUUGUCAUAUUCAGCGAACCAAUCGACCGCAAGAAGGGCUUCUCUAUCCCUGGCUAUGUCUUCAAAAACAGCAUCAAGGUCAGCUGUCUGGGCGUAGAGGCGUGUGUGGAGGGGGACCCCUGCCGCUUCGCCCUGACCUCCCGCGGAGCCGACAGCGCCGUGCUGCGCUUCGUCCUGCAGGCCGCCGCACCCGAGAUCGGCCAGGCCUGGGUCUGCAGCGUGGGCCAGAUCCUGGAGACCCAGCGCAACUUCCUCAACGCCCUGCAGUCCCCCAUAGAGUACCAGCGACGCGAGAGCAAGUCCAACAGCCUGGGCCGGGCCAUGCGGGCCCCGGUCGCCUCCGGCUCCGCCCUCCGCCCCCACUCCUCUGCCUCCAUCGACCGCCAUCGCCUGCCCUGCCUGCAGUCCUACAACAGCUCCCUGCCCUCCCUCUACCUGCCCAGCCACGCCCCGCCGGAGCCACGCCCACAGCCUGAGUCUACGUCCGUGCAUCACAUCCCCAUGGAAUCCAACCCUGGCUCCCAGACGGUGUCCCCUGCCCACGUGCACCUGGCUUUCACAGAGCAGUCGGGCCUGCCCCUCGCCCCCCAGCACUGCCAGGGCGUGCCCAACGGGCUGGGCACCCACGCUCACCUGACCACACAGAGAGGGAGCAAGGGUUGCCAUGGCGUUCCUUUGGGGGAGGGGGGACUGUGCUCGGCUGGUUCCCCCGCGGAGCACAGACGUGGCAAGCUGGCUCUCCUGGACGAGGACGAACUCUAAACGCACAGACUCCCCUGCGAGCGAGCUGCUCGGCGGUGGUUCCAGCGCGGUCCAGAAGUGGUCUGAGCGCUCUCCCGUGCUCGACCGCACCUGAAAUAGUCAUAGUUUAAAAUAAUGAUUCCCGCUGUUAUUAUUGUGGUUGAUAUUAUUUUCUAUUUUAUUUUCUAUUUUAAAUUUUACUUAUUUACAGAGGGUGAGGAUGGUCUCAGAUGGUAAAGACUUUGUGCUUUUUUGUAUCGAGCCAUCGGAGACGAGACAUUUUGCAAAAUCUAUUUUUUAUCCUUUACUUUAUAUCUUUAUCAGCGUGUUCAAGGGAAAAAUUGUUCAUUCCUGAAUCGGGAGGCCACUGGAGUAGGAAUUCUGUGUGUGUGUGUGUGUGUGUGUGUGUGUAUGCCUGCUUAUGCAUGCGUGUGUAUACGCAUGUGCACGUGCACAUUUCUGUGCUCGCUCAUGCAUGUGUGUCUGCGUGAGUGCGUGCGUGUUUGUGUGUGUCUGGGUGUGCACGUAUUAUGCAUACAGGGACGAGUGGCCGAUCUCUCUACAAGAAUGAUUUGAAUGUCCCCUCGCCAAAAUACUCCACUAAUCAAGAGGACAGCUCUUGGACCCGAGUCAGACCACCCUCGCCCUGCUCUGUCUCCUGUCCUGAUUGGCUGGUUCUGGAGUAUCCCUGUUCAGCGUAAGGCCACAGGAAACAGCUCUACUAAAGCUGCUUUCAGCACAGCGCCCCCUUCUCCUCCAAGGGUGCACAGCAGCAACAAUUAAAAGACGCCUGUAUCGACGGAAAAACAGACGACAGAUACCUUUCAACGUCUGUAUAUAAAUGUCCCGGAGACUGAUGGCUCCUUGGAAUUCCUGUUUCUGUGGAACAGAGGCUGCACUGUUUGUGUCUGCUCACAGAGAGAGCUCUGAGCCCUGACCUGGGUGGGGGCUGCCUUCUGAUCUUCUGAUAGCAGACCAUUAGAGCGGACAGACUGCUUCUGACUCACUGAGGUCACUCAGGGGUCACUACCUUUGGAGAAGAGCCACCUGAGCUUUCAGGCAAACGGACGGACGGACGGGGGCGGGGGGUGGCACGGGAAGGGUUGUGCCAGAGAGAGAGGGGCGUUCCUGUCACGCAUGCGUCCCGUCAUUUUGUUUGGGAUAGCUAGUGAUGGGUAUUCAUGUUUUUUUCCCCCCCAUUGUAAAUAUUGUUUAUUUGCAAAACAAGGUGAAAUUAAUCAAGCUCUCAUUCAUCAGUAAGAGACAGAGCAGCGGCCUGUACAGUUAAAGUGGAUGUGUGUCAGACAACCAGAGAACACACGCACAUACACACACACACACACACACACAUUACAGAUAAAUAAUGGAAAUGAUCCUUUAUAAAAUUUAAUGUUCCAAAAAUUGGGAGUUCAAAUUUGAAAAAAUAUUUAAAGAAAAUAAUUUGUGUUGAGUUAUGAAUAGAAACAUAUAUGCUAUGUUUUGAAUAUAAAUGAACUUAACAGGUCUCUCUGAUGCCCGGCACCUGAAGCACACAUUGUACAUUUUUCUUUAUCAUACAGUUUGCUUCCCUGUCUCUUCAUAUAUUUUACUGAGCUGGUCAGCUGGACAGUUGGUAUUGCUGUUUGUGUAUGCUCUUUUCUGUGGACAUCAGUGUGAGGGUAAGGGAGAGGGGGUGUUAAACUAAUAGCAACAAUGUGCAUUGUCUUGUGCUCUGAGUAGCCAUUUUAAGCUUGUGUCACUCAGUGAACUCAGAGUUUACUCAAAUCAAUUAAAAUGUAACCAUUACUAAUUAAAAUAUACUGAGUGGAAUGUGA